AUGUGGAGUCGCGCAUACAGUGCGACGCCUGAGAAACCAAAGGAUGCUGUCGACGAGAAGAAGCAGCCGCAGUCGCAGUCGCAGUCGCAGCCGCAGCCGCAGCCGCGGCCUUCUUCGUUCACCAAGAGCGCCGUUGGACCAUUCAACCUCUCAGCGACUCUUCUUUUCAUUGCUACUGGCGUUGGCCUCUAUUACUACUUCCAGCAUGAAAAGAAGCGCUUGGAAAAGCAGCACCUGGAAACAUUGGAAGCCAUGGACAGCCAGAGCGCAGGGCGUCCGCGAAUUGGAGGGCCAUUUACGCUCGUCUCUUCGACUGGCCAUUCGAUGACCGAGCAAGACUUGCUUGGCAGCUUUAGCCUCAUUUACUUUGGCUUUACCAACUGCCCCGAUAUUUGCCCCGAGGAAUUGGACAAAAUGUCCAGUGUCGUCGACCGCAUUGCUGCCGAGCAUGGCCACGUUAUCAACCCAGUAUUCGUGACGUGCGAUCCUGCGCGUGAUCGUGUUCCCUUGGUCGCAGAGUACAUUGCCGAUUUCCAUCCCAAAAUGAUCGGUCUGACCGGCUCGUACGAUGCCGUGAAGCAGGCAUGCAAGGCGUACCGCGUCUACUUUAGCACGCCUCCGGGUGUGGAUCCUACAACGGACUACCUUGUAGACCACUCGAUCUUUUUCUACCUCAUGGACCCCGAAGGCAAGUUUGUCGAUGCGUUUGGCAAGAGCACGACAGAAGACGAAGUGCAUGAAAAAGUACAAAAGUAUAUUCGCCAGUGGAAGGGCGAAGGACUUUUGUUGGCGGAGGCGAACGCAAAGCAAAACGCUGCCACAGAUGGCCGGCCGAUCAGCCAGGACCCGCACCUGUUUGAGGCGCCCAGCGCCGUGCCAUCCAAACCUCCUGCGGUACAAUCAGCUCGCCUACUGUAG